AUGGCACACUAUCAGAACCAGUACGGUGCAGUUCCUGUUAGCAAGGAUCCAAUUCAGAAGGAAAAGGAGACUAAUGGAGACACCACUGGAAUUGCCGUUGACGGAGGUGGUGUUGCUGGCAGUACACAAGUGAUAGCAGAAGAAGAUUAUGAUCAUAGAAGAACCACCACCACCACCACCACCACCGCUGUGGACAACCAUCCCCAUAAGAAAGGAAUAAUAGAGAAAAUUAAGGAGAAGCUUCCUGGGACACAUCACCACAACAACAAAUAG